CCAAAAACUCACUUCUGUGGAAACAAAACGUAUCUGAGUCUCUGUGUCGUCUGUCUGUGUGAGAGUGAAAACAACCAUCCAAAUGGCUCAGCAGGGAGAUCUGCUGGACCAGGACCAGUUCUGUUGUUCUGUCUGUCUGGAUCUACUGAAGGAGCCGGUCACUACUGCCUGUGGACACAAUUAUUGUAGAAUCUGUAUUGAGGGCUGCUGGGAUCAGGAUGUUCUGAAAGGGGUCUAUAGCUGUCCUCAGUGCAGAGAGACCUUCACUCCAAGGCCUAAUCUGAGGAAAAAUAACAUGUUGGCUGAAAUAGUAGAGAAACUGAAGAAGGCUGCUCUCCCUCCUGCUCUGUGCUAUGCUGGACCUGGAGAUGUGGCAUGUGAUGUCUGCACUGGGACCAGAAAGCAGAAAGCCCUCAUGUCCUGUCUCGUGUGUCUGGCCUCUUACUGUGAGACUCACCUCCAAUCGCACUAUGAAUCUCCUGCUUUCAAGAAGCACAAGCUGGUCAAAGCCACCGCACAACUACAGGAGAAGAUCUGCUCUCAUCAUGACAAACUGCUGGAGGUUUACUGUCGUACCGAUCAGCAGUGUAUCUGUUAUCAGUGUACAAUGGAUGAACAUAAAGGCCAUAAUACAGUGUCAGCUGCAGCAGAGAGGACUGAGAAACAGAGUCAGCUGGGGAUGAGUCAGCGGAAGGUCCAGCAGAGAUUCCAGGAGAGAAAGAAGGAGCUGAAGAAUCUCCAAAAAGCUGUGAAGUCUCUCAAGCGCUCUGCACAGGCAGCAGUGGAGGACAGUGAUCAGAUCUUUACUGACCACGAAGCAUCAGUCCUGUGUUGCUUUGGGGUGAUCAAAACAAUAUUAACUAUAGCAGGUAUUGAACCUGGUCAAAUAACCACUUGUCAGAUGUGCUGA